AUGCCUCGUUUCCUGCCGAGACGCACAGUCACAACAAGAGGAGGAAGAGGAAAAACGACAACUCUGGAUCUGGAUCGUCGUCGACUGCCUUGCGUGACAACACAGGGAUCGUCCAGGCUUUGGGUUGCUCCCGUUUGAUCUGCACCAUGUCUGAUUUACUGCGAUACAUCGACUACGACCACAAAGCCACCUUCCUGAAGAUGCUGAACCAGCAGAGGAUGGAGGGCGAGCACUGCGACGUGGUGGUGGUGGUGGAGAACAUCGAGUUCAGGGCGCACCGCUGCGUCCUCGCCGCCUGCAGCAACUACUUCAAGAAGCUCUUCAAGAAGCAGAGCGACGAGGACAACUCCAUCGUGGAACUCGACUUCAUCCGCUCGGACAUCUUCGAGGAGGUGCUCAACUACAUGUACACGGCCCGGCUGGCGGUGCGCAAGAAGGACAUCAACAUGAUGAUGUCGUCGGGCCAGAUCCUCGGCAUCAACUUCCUGGACAACCUGUGCACGCAGAAGCGGGAGCUGACCAACAUGAAGACCCGGGAGAACCAGGCGCCGGACGACCACGGCAUGAGGGCGCAGGACGCCAUCCUGAAGGAGCUGGCCAUGGAGGAGGUGAGGAAGAACAGCUUCUACGACCAGGGCAUGGACGCCAUAGGGCCCGGCGGCUCGCACGUCUCCCAGCCGCACAACUACAACACGGGCAUGAGCAAGGACCCCCACGCCCACGGCUGGGGCUCGUCCACGUCCGCCACCGACAUGAAGCUGGAGUACCUCCUGUACGGCCACCGCGACCACAACACCUGCCCGAGCGCCGGGGCCAAGUCCCUGGACCACAGCGCCAAGAAGGAGCGUCUGCUGACCGCCAACCGCCCGUACGGCUGCGAGCACUGCCCCAAAGCCUUCACCACCGCCGCCCACCUCAAGGAGCACCUGAAGAUCCACUCGGGCUUCAAGCCGCACCGCUGCGUGGUCUGCGGCAAGGCCUUCAUCCGGGGGCCCGACCUGAAGCGGCACGAGAGGGUCCACAGCAACGAGCGGCCCUUCGCCUGCCAGAUGUGCGAAAAGGCCUUCAAGCACAAGUCCCACCUGAAGGACCACGAGCGGCAGCACCGGGGCGAGCGGCCCUUCAACUGCGGCUCCUGCGACAAGGCCUUCAUCAAGGCGUCGGACCUGAAGCGCCACUGGAACACCAUGCACAGCGCCAACCCCCGCAGACAGAUGUCGCCCGCCGCCUCCCAGCACGCCCAGGGCGACGCCGCCGACCAGAGAGACUGGAAACUGGAGACCGGGCCACACUCGCACAACUCUGGGGACUGCUGAGCCCUCCAGCACGCGCACACACACACACACACACACACACCAACAUACAGGCGCAUCUCAAUAAAUUAGAACAUUGUUGAUAUGUCAUUUAAUCAAAAAAAAAAAACGAAUUCUCGUGUGUUGAAUAGACGCGUUACGCUCAGUGAUGCUUUCAGAUGUUAAUUUUGAGAAAUGUGGCUAACCCAGAAGUCGCUUCCCCACAAAAUGACAGCAAACAGAUGUUUAUCAGUUAUGUUACGCUAUAAGCUACAAGGCCACCGGGAAAACUGCUGACUUUUUUUUAUUUUUAUUUUUUUUUUACAAUUAUCCAGUCGCCUCCACAAAGAGGAUAAACCACAGAAGGUCACUGCUAACAAAGCUGGCUGUGUCCAGACAUAAGGAAAGUUAAGUGGAAG